AUGAUUACACGGAGAUUAAUUCGUCAAAUUCGUUUUGCAUCUUCGCAAGCAUCCAUUUCUGCUGCACCACCAAGUUCCGGUUCAGGAGGGUCUUCAAACUUUCAGCAUCCACACGCCGCGCUCGAGGAAACGGCAAAGAACGACCUAGAAAGCUCACAAGCCACUCAGAGAGCCGCAUCUAGCCAGGAUGGCCCAUCUACAGAUCCCGAACAUGGUCUGGUGGUCUCAAAUCCCAUUAUUCCGCGAGAUAUCGAUAAUUCGGAACCCUAUAUUACACCCUUUCAUACUUACAAGUUCUUUGUCGCGCUGGAGCAGACAUUUCCGACACCAAUAGCGCGAACAUUGAUGCGCUUGACGCGUGGCUUACUCGUGGAUAGGAUGAUGAGGAUCCGGAGAGAUGCAUUGGAUGUUAAAGAUCUUGAUAAUCAAGCCUACUUGUUCAAAGCUGCGCUUUCUGAACUUCGAACAGAAGCCACAAUGAGGACAAAGAAUCAGGCGGCAACUAUCACGACGUCAAUUUCGGGCUUGAGACGAGACGUGGACCGACUGGACGUCAAGAUGAAGGAAGACAUUGGAAAUUUGAAGCACGAGAUACAAAUGGAGAUGGAUAACCAUCGAAACGAAUCACGGGCAGAGAUGAAGAAACUCGAUAUUCGAAUGGAAGACGUUGUACACCGUGCGACCGUGUCCUUGGGUGACAUUCGAACAAUCAUUGAGCAGGCGAAAUGGGAUAACACGCGAAGGGGUGUCGCAAUAUUCGGAUCAUUUGUACUGCUGACGGUCAUUAUGAUGGAACUGAAGCCAUCCAAACCGUCGAGCUAUCCGCCAAAGGUCGCAGUCGACGCUGCAAACAGCGUGGAUGUGGUCGAAACUCAGGCGUAG